AAGAGUGUGAGACAUCACAGCGAGAAUGCAAUUCCAAAUCUGUAACGUGUAAUUUUACGCUAUCAGAAGGAGGGACACGUUCAAUCUCAGUCUUUAAUUAGAUCUCUGGCAACGAAGGGACAGGAGCCUGUGGUUUCCUACUCUGAACGCUGUUCGAGCCAGGAGGCCCCACUCCACCCUUCACCACCCUGUCGGUCACCCACCCAGCCAAUCACAUCACUCCUUUAGAGUUGCACCGACCAGAGAAACACAACGCCAUGAACUAGGCCUACUGGAGUGAAAUGAUCGAAUGCUUUAAUCAGAUUGCUGAAGACUCAAAGUGCCGUGUGGUGGUGUUCUCGGGUGCAGGGAAAAUCUUCACUGCAGUUUAUUUUGGAUACAGGCAGAGGAAGCUCAGCGAAAGCUUAAGAGACAGAAUGGAGAGGACCCAGCCCUGCCUCCAUUCUGCCCACUGUUUGCCAGCUUGGGAAACAUUCUGCAGUGUGACGUGCUGCUUGGCAUGCUGGGAGCUGUGCUGCAGUGGGCUAUGGAGCCCAGUGGAGGACACUGGUCUGAGUCCAUGCUGCAGAGGAUGGUGGUUAGCAUUAAAACGAUGCGUGAGUGCACAGCUGCUGCACCUCCCUGUGAAGGAACAGGGCACUGUCACAAGGCGACUGUGUGGGACAAAGACAAAGCAGAGAGAAAAAGGAAGGCUGAACUGUGCUGGAAAAAGACCAUGGCUCAAACAUUAUAGAGCCAGAGUCAUUUUAUCAAUAAGUACAUAGAUCUGCUCACGCAGGAUUCAGGGAUCUGGACGCCUCAGCCUCUACAUCAGCAGAGCAUAGGUACCUAAGCAUGCUCGUAGUGACGCAGUGUUCUUAAUAAGUCAACUUGUAUUGUAUUCUCAAUAUCCAGUCAGUACAUUUAUGUCAGUAAAUGCAUGCAUCAACAGCUCCUUAACUUUGCUGAGCAGUUGUCUGUUCUUUGUCCUAAAAGUUCUUGCAUAUAAUGGUGGUCUUCACAUAACAUAAGUAAAUUCCCAUCCUUAAACUCUUUAUCUUGCAUAUUCAUUUCGAGCAUUUUCUGUUGGGGUAAAUGAGUAGAGAGGAUCCUAGGCCAUUUUUAGCAAUUUCCUGGUGAUUAA